AUGGUCUCAACGAAGAAUAACAAGUCGGAGGUGCUCCAGGAGUGGGCUGACUUGGAUGCGAACGGCGCCAAGUUCGAGCGUGGGCUGAUGGAGAAGCACAUACAAUCGAUCUGCUUCUUGGACCCCGCGGGCGUUCCACCUGCCCUCAAGCAGGACAAGCACAAGGGUGUGAAGGUCAAAGGCGCUGAUAUUGCCUUUUUGACGAACGAGCUCCUUGUUGACGUACACGUUGCCGAAGCUGCGAUUGUCGAAGCGGGGGGCGACAUGGACAAGGCGCUCGAUCUACUUUUGCGCCAAGCCUCGGUAUAA